ACCGCAGCAGCACUUUCAGUCGCCUGGUACGGCGCACUGAUAGAAAGCAAACCGCCACUGAACAUGGCGCUGACCCUCGUGUUCCUCAUCUCGUUCUGCGUCACGGCCGCAUACAAUGUGAUGAACGUCCUCAUCGUGGAUCUGUACUACACCACGCCGGCCACCGCCAUGGCGGCCAAUAACCUCGUACGAUGCUUCCUGGGCGCGGCCGCGACGGCCAUCAUCCAUCCGAUGAUACUGAAAUGGGGGAAUCAGACUACGUACUGGGCUGUGGCGGGGGCGAUGUUGAGUGUGAGUCCGUUACUGGGGAUGGUCUAUUGGAAAGGAUUGAUAUGGAGACGAAAGCGGGUUGCAGAAAUUGCAAUUGCUGGAUGA